AUGAAUCCAUGGGGUAUAGGAAAAAAAAAAGAUAUUGUGCUGACAGUUACCGAGCACACCAUUCAGUGUCCCUCUCUCCGGGAAUAUCACCAUGGACCUCUAUGGGACGACCUUCUUGCAACGAGCAAGGUGAACAUCAAGGCCAUUUGGUUCGCAGACUAUGCAAAUCAGGGCGCCAGUGGAGUUUUGAAUGAAGAUAAACUGGGUGAUGAUCGUGACUUGUUGGCACUGUUCUCAAAACUCCUUAAUACAGCUGAUGAUUCUCUAUUAGCAAAUUGGUUUGACCAUUCCCGGGAUCUCUUAUCGAUGGUUACGCAUUCUCAAGACCAAAUUCAGCCCCCAAUUGCAGGGCGUCCAUUUCUCCCUCAUGCACCCCCGUCUCUUCCACACCCUCAUCUUUCUCGAGCCAUGAUCCAAAUCGAAAGUCCCAACAAGCUCGGUGGCCGCAGCCCUGCCCUCUGGGCUAGCACCCGCCCCGACCUCUGGCCGUCCCGUAAUCCUUUGUGGCGCAGAUGGGAUUCUCGUGCGGUCGCAAAAUACAUUGAAAAUGGUCUUCGGUCUGUUCCGACGGCUUUGUACCCGCUUGAUCCCCCGUCCUCUAACGGAAAGAUGUCAAACCCGAAAGUGACACCAAACUCAGUGACAUUGACAACCACCAAAGCUCAAGAAGCAUGGACGUAUCUGCGCUUUAACGAUAGGAGUAGUGGUAGUGCUGAGCGCUUCCUCAGUUUGGAUUUGGCCACAUCAGCCAAAGAAGGCACCAACAACCACCCCAGCUACGUAGCGACCUGUCCUUGGACAAGUCUCGCGUUCGAGUUCUUGCCUUAUAUUCGGCCAUCAGUUCUAUUUGUUUGGGGAGAGAAAAUUCAUAUCAAUACCCCCGGUGCGCGCAGAGAUGAUAAGCUGUUACGUGUUGGCACUGGGCUUGGAGGUAGUGGGCAUGUUCGGGCAGGGAUGGUUCGGGAUGAGGUUGUGAAAGGGGCAUCUCAUACGGUUCCCUUUGAAGAGGUGGGUGAGACGGCAGGUGUGGUUUCAGACUGGUUGGUAGAGCAGGGGAAGAGGUACAUGGAGGAGAAGAAGUUUUGGGGGAAGUAUGAUAGUCAGAAGUCGGAGAGGGAAUGGAUGGAGUAUGUCAAGUUGCCAGUUGAUACGAAGCGGGAGAGGAAGGGGAGUCGAUUGUAG